AUGGCGCGCCAUACACGCUCCAUCUCCACAUCUUCUUCAAGUUCUUCUUCUAGAUCGAGCUCCUCCACGAGGUCGGAUGGAUCAGCAGUAAGUACUCACCCGAGCACAGCACCGGCUCGUACUCCAUCUGAUUCUAGAAGAUCACGCCAAAAAGUUCUCACUGUGCAGGAGCAAUGCAUCCAUGUUGCACGAUGGAUCCCAUGGGGCCUGGACAUGUUCUGCAAUCUUAAGCAGGUGAUCCAGGUGUGUUUACUUUUAGAGGAAGAUGAAGCAGCCGCGGAUGGAGAUCGAUCGGAAGAAGAACAGGUCAAGAUUUCCCGCACGAACAUACUCAAGAAUAUUGAUGAUCACACUCUUGCACACUAUAAGCAGAUGUUCAACUACGUUAUAGAGCACAUGCCUUAUCUCGGCAGCUUGAUCGGUAAGAAGAAAAAACGAGAGGAGCUCACACACCUCAUCAGCGAGAUGCAGAACAUGAUCAAUCACAUAUGCUCCGAGGAUGCGAGCCGCCUCAAAUCCCGUAUGGGUACAUAUGCAGCUCCUCAUCCCAAUAAACAGGUUGUCCAACCUGUAAUUUCCAAGGAUAGCAAGUCUCGUUCGAGAAUGGGUUUCAACCACCCUGAGCUGGCCAAAAUGCUGUGUCCUGUGAAGUACCUUGUCGACUACACCAAUGAUCCGGCCGAGUAA